AUGUACGGCUCAUACGGGUCGUACAGCGCCACGUCCGCACCCAUGGACAUUACUCCUAUCAACCUGCGGUCUCACGAUGCCUCCUGCGCCUUUCCCUCGUGGCCGCGGAGAUCAUCUUUAUCCGACUCUGAGCACGAGGAGCCUCGCGCGACCUCGUUCCUAUCCGACGACGACCUCUUCCUCUCCGACCCCUUCGACGACGACUCGCACAGCAUCUCCAGCUCCAGCACAGUAUCCUCACCGUUCGCGACAGCCGUUGAGUCGCCCCCGCGGAUCUCGGACGAGGAGCUGAUGCGAAUGGAGCGCGAGAGGGUCGCCAUGCAGCGGGAGUUCAUUCGUCAGGUGAAGCAGGAGAAGGAGCGGCGGCGACAGGCUGCACUGCGCGCGCGUCGCAGCAGCCCCAAGAAGAGCCCCAAGAACAAGCCGGCCGGCCUCACAACCAUCGCCGAGACGGCUGAAUAA